GAGCCGAGCGGCGGCGGCGGCGGCGGCGGCGGCGGCAGGAGCCCGGGAGGCGGGAGGCGGCAGGCGGCAGGCGGCGGCGGCGCGCGGAGACUCAGCAGCGGCAGCGGCAGCAUGUCGGCCGGCGGAGCGUCAGUCCCGCCGCCCCCGAACCCCGCCGUGUCCUUCCCGGGGCCCCGGGUCACCCUGCCCGCCGGCCCCGACAUCCUGCGGACCUACUCGGGCGCCUUCGUCUGCCUGGAGAUUCUGUUCGGGGGUCUCGUCUGGAUUUUGGUUGCCUCCUCCAAUGUUCCUCUACCUCUGCUACAAGGAUGGGUCAUGUUUGUGUCCGUGACGGCGUUUUUCUUUUCGCUUCUUUUUCUGGGCAUGUUCCUCUCCGGCAUGGUGACUCAAAUUAAUGCUAACUGGAACUUCCUGGAUUUUGCCUACCAUUUUACAGUAUUUGUCUUCUAUUUUGGAGCCUUUUUAUUGGAAGCAGCAGCCACAUCCCUGCAUGAUUUGCACUGCAAUGCAACCAUGACCCUGCAGCCGCUCCUGAGUGAUAACCAGUAUAACAUAAACGUAGCAGCCACAAUUUUUGCCUUUGUGACGACAGCUUGUUAUGGUUGCAGUUUGGGUCUGGCUUUACGAAGAUGGCGACCGUAACACUCCUUAUCGUGUGUUAGUUUCAUCAAUUUGGAUACCAUUUUGUCCAGAUGCAAAAACAUUCCAAACAUUCAAAAGUAAUUUGUUUAGUAGAGAGAGACUCUAUCAAAGCUCAAAUUUUGGUUUAUUUCAUGGAUGGAAUGUUAAUUUUAUUAUGAUAUUAAAGAAAUGGCCUUUUAUUUUACAUCUCUCCCCUCCUUCCCUUCC